AUGCCACCCGGCGCGGGUCCAGGAUUGGUCAAUGAUGCCUUCUUCCGCUAUGUGGGAGACAUGGGUGCUCCCGGACCGGAUCGCGGGGCCGGGGGGAAGUACCUCUACCUCCCCCCUGGCUAUGAUGGGAAGGUUCCUGAGGGCUACUUCGUGGCCAAGUCGCCGAGCUUCACGAAUUGGGUCGCCCUGCGCGGGUUCUUGAAGGACGGCAAGCCCGAUCAUGCGGCUCAGAUGUGGCAAAACGAGCUGAAAAUCUAUCCUCUUGCCAGCGCUGGCAGCCCACCGAAGAUGGAGGCGAUCCUUUGCACCGGAAAGAUCAUGAACACGAUUCACUCCAACGAUUUUGCCUUCUACGAGGAGGUCAAUGCUGUGAUCCAGUAUGAGCCCAUUGACUUUAUGGAUCCGGAGCUCCGCGGCAACCUCACCGCCAUCGGCAUCAUGAAGGGCCGGCCGUUUGAGCCGGACGCGCGGCUGAAGGCCCUCCUCACCGAGGCGGCGGCGAUUGGCAACGCAACCUCCCGCGCCCUCUCCUUCGCCCCGCGCUCGAAGACUGCCCGGAUCUAUGAUGAGGACAGUGAGUGGGUGACGGCCUUCGAUGGUGGGGACUACAGAUGGCUGGUGGAGGACGGCAAGGGUGGCAGAAACGCGGACGCCAGGACCAGGUUCUUCUACUUCGCUACUGGGAACACGCCGGCGAUGGUCAUGAAGAUGGUGGAUCGGGGCUCGCAGUAUGCCUUGGUUUGCAAGGAUGCCAAGCACAAGUACUUGGAUGGUGCAAAGUGCUACAGUCUCACGCUACCCCCGAACGUUCCCGCCAAGGACUUUUGGUCGGUGGUGGUGUACGACACGCAGACACGCUCGAUGCUGAAGACCAGCCAGCUCUUCCCCUGCCGGAAUUCCCUCUCCCACGCGGACAUGAAGCAGAACCCGGAUGGUUCCACGACCGUCUGGUUUGCUCCCUCCAUGUGGUGGGGCUGCCUCCGACUCUACGGACCCGGGCAAGCCUGGUUCGAUCAGACCUGGCGGCCAGGUGAGGUCACGCCGAGCCUUUCUUUGCAGUGCCGGGUAGAGGAGGAGUCCUUGGUGAGAGUGGACCUCUCCUUAAAGAGCAAGCCACUGAACGACCAGAUCGUUGAGGAGGUGUUCAAGACCAUGCGUCUGGGCGUGCGAGAAUUGGCCAAGAGGCCGGAUAUGACGAUGCUUUUCUCCUUGCGCCUCCAGGACCGGGCGAACCUUUCCGUCCCGGCGGACGCCAACAUCAUGCCGCAACUGGCAUACUGUUGA